GAUAUGCCUUCCACCACCAUAACACAAUCAAACUACUUUACUGUAGCCUGUGUCUUCAUACUCUGUCUCGCCUUCUUCCCAGGUCUUCCACAGUUCCUCCUCGGCCUCCCACUUUGCGCACUACGCCUGACGACAUCGACUACUAAACCAUCAGCCCUCCCGAUCCUCAAUUGCCCGCCCGGUUGUGUUCCUUACAAUUCUCUCAACAACAUGACUACAUCGUGGUUCCAGAAGACUUUCACACUGCCCCAAAGAUCACGAGGCUCUUACUUGGUCACCGACCAUGUUGUGUCCUCUCUUCCCGAGCUCAAGGACUACAAAGUCGGCAUCCUCAAUCUAUUCAUCCAGCACACAUCAUGCGCGCUUUCAUUGAACGAGAAUUGGGACAGCGAUGUAAGGGAGGACAUGAGCGAUGCAUUGGACAGAAUUGCUCCAGAAGACAGAAAGGGCAAUCUGUACAGACACUCCGCAGAAGGAUUGGAUGACAUGCCAGCUCACAUCAAAUCAGCCUUGGUUGGCGCCAGUGUGACGAUACCUAUCACCGCUGGCACGUUAAACACAGGGACGUGGCAAGGAAUCUGGUAUUUGGAAUUUCGGGCAUCAAAGCAUACAAGGAAAGUUGUAGCAACCAUCCAGGGAGAGAAGCGGUAGGAUAUCCGCUCUCAAUACUGCAAUCACGUCCUCAUAUAAUUCUGCGUUGUUAUUGCGCUUGUGGCUUUUUGGAUCUCCAAACCAACCAUGCUAAUGCCAUGCCACCUUUUACCCCCGUCGCAAUCCAUAGGGCACCAGAAUAGCCAACAGAGGUCUUCAUCAGAGCACCAGAUACAGUCGCUCCAGCAAACAAGAAAACUGCCCCGAGUGCUCUCCUGUUUCGAUCGGGAUCCUGAAGCAAUCCAGCUGUGAACAGGUCUGGGUCACUCAUCAAGUCACAAAACAAGCUUGUUAAUACCACGGUCGGCAAUGCAUUAUAUUUGAGCAUCCGGCUUGCAACGAUUUGCCCAGCGCUCUGAAAAGCCAGAAGAGCAAUUGGACAAAGCUCGUGCCAGGGAAAGUUCCCUCGUCCAUCAGCUGUCGUUGUUUCCUCCGUUUUGGCAACCAAGUCGCCAGAGAUCAGUGACGCGGUCACGAUCAUCAAAGACGUUUGGAUGAAAAAAGAUGACAUUAUCACCCAUCGCUUGAGUGGGCCGAGAUAUCGAUGAUACCGAGAGAAACAAAACGCGCCGAGACAAAAUGACAAUAUGGCGAUUAAUGAUUUCGUCCAUGUAUGUUGAGGCACGUUGGCGGGUAAAUCACUGACUCCGAGGCCUGCGAAGAUGGUGUUUCCUAUAGGAAAUGGUUAGUUGAG